GCGGAUGGCGUGGUUGGUGAACAUGACCGAGCUGGAGGACCGCCUUCGGUGCCCCAUCUGCCUCGAGGUCUUCAAGGAGCCCCUAAUGCUGCAGUGCGGCCACUCCUACUGCAAAGGCUGCCUGGUGUCCCUGUCCUGCCACCUGGACUCCGAGCUGCGUUGCCCUGUGUGCCGGCAGGAGGUGGAUGGCAGCAGCUCCCCCCCCAACGUCUCCCUGGCGCGGGUGAUCGAAGCCCUGCGGCUCCCCCGGGACCCGGAGCCUAAGAUCUGCGCGCACCACAGGAACCCGCUCAGCCUCUUCUGCGAGAAGGACCAGGAGCUCAUCUGCGGCCUCUGCGGCCUGCUGGGCUCCCACCAGCACCACCGGGUCACGCCGGUCCCCACCGUCUACAGUCGCAUGAAGGAGGAUCUUGCAGCCCUCAUCUCUGACCUGAAGCAGGAGCAAAAGAAGGUGGAUGAACAUAUCGCCAAGCUAGUGAACAACAGGACCCGGAUUGUCAACGAGUCCGAUGUCUUCAGCUGGGUGAUCCGCCGUGAGUUCCAGGAGCUGCACCACCUAGUGGAUGAGGAGAAGGCCCGCUGCCUGCAAGGGGUUGAAGGUCACACCCGAGGUCUCGUGGCCUCGCUGGACAUGCAGCUGGAGCAGGCCCAGGGCACGCGGGAGCGGCUGGUCCAAGCCAAGUGUUUGCUGGAGCAGUUUGGUAACGAGAGUCACCACGAGUUCAUCCAGAAGUACCACUCCAUGGCCUCCAGAGCAGAGCUCCAGCAGCCCCGACCUUUGGAAAGCACGUUCAGCCCCAUCUCCUUCAAGCCAGGCCUCCACCAGGCUGACAUCAAGCUGGCUGUAUGGAAAAGGCUCUUCCGCAAGGUUCUGCCAGCCCCAGAAUCUCUUAAGCUGGAUCCUGCCACAGCCCACCCUCUUCUGGAGCUCUCCAAGGGCAACACAGUGGUGCAGUGUGGGCUCCUGGCCCAGCGAUGCCCUAGCCAGCCUGAGCGCUUCGACUAUAGUACCUGUGUCCUGGCCAGCCGGGGAUUCUCCUGUGGCCGCCACUACUGGGAGGUGGUGGUGGGCAGCAAGAGCGACUGGCGCCUGGGAGUCAUCAAGGGCACAGCUAGUCGCAAGGGCAAGCUGAGCAAGUCCCCUGAGCAUGGCAUGUGGCUCAUUGGCCUGAAGGAGGGCCGGGUGUAUGAGGCCUUUGGCUGCCCGAGGGUGCCCUUGCCCGUGGCUGGACACCCCCACCGCAUUGGCGUCUAUUUGCAUUAUGAGCAGGGAGAGCUCACCUUCUUUGAUGCUGACCGCCCGGAUGACCUGCGGCCACUCUACACAUUCCAGGCUGACUUCCAGGGCAAGCUCUACCCCAUCCUGGACACAUGCUGGCAUGAAAGGGGCAGCAACUCACUGCCCAUGGUGCUGCCCCCGCCCAGCGGGCCUAGCCACCUCACCCCUCCACAGCCCACCAAGUCGUAGGGGUGCUCAGAGGCCAUUCCCACUAAUGCACAGGGACUCAAGGGGUUCUGUUGGGUCCAGCAAGCAAAGAUUAUGUCUUUACCAUUUGGGAAGGUCUUCAUGCCUGUGUGACCCUAGAAAGAUGUAGUAAUAAGGAGAAAAGGACCACAGGCCCUUCUCCAGCAGCCAAGGGUAUAUUUAUUUACU